AAGUACAGGAGCCAUUUGUGGAGCCCACUCAGCACUGAAUACAUUGCGGCGAUGCUGUGUUGCAGCGCCAGGAUAUACCGUCCUAGUUGGAGACGCGGAAGUCAGCGCCGUGGACACGUCACUUCAGGACUCGCAGCAGCGGAACCCCCGGUGUUAUUUCAGAAGGACAGUCCCAAACCGAGUCAGGCACUUCAAGCAUGGUUAACAUCGGGCUCUCAAGGGUCGACGACGCUGUUGCAGCAAAACACCCGGGUUUGCAACAAUACGCUGCCUGCCAGUCGCACGCUUUCAUGAAGGGGACCGGGACGUUCGUGCUGGGCACCGGGGUGAUGUUUGCGUUACAGCGCGCUCUCAGCAGGAGGCUGCCCUACCCUUUCCAGUGGACUGUGCUGCUGUCAGUAGUGGCGGGGUCGGUGGGGAGCUAUGCUGUGACUCGAGUCGAGACUCAGAAAUGCUCCAACCUGUGGAUUUACCUGGAGACGGGGCGGGGCUCCGAGGAGAGAGCGACAGGCACUCCCUCCACGGAGUCCCCAGAAGAGACGGGCUCCACAAGGAAGACCACUCGCUACGGGGAUGUGAUGGAAUGAAGGGGAGACCUGAGACCUCAACACUGGAGCUCACAGCAAGAUCCCUGGAGAGCGGGCUUCUGUUCAUGAAGGACCCUGCCACUCUGCACACAGUCCAGGGUAUACACGAUCUACACUGUGUUUAUUAUGAUUACUACGCAGUAUCAAUAAAUUAUUUCAUACUGUACGUGCAAGAA